CGAACAGCACGACUGCAGCUAAUCAGCUACAAGCUGCACACAGCAAGCACACAGACGCUCCCAAAGAGGAAGAGCCAUGGUCCCUCUCACCUCAAACCGUCCUUUAACUUCUCAUAAUGUUUGCACACACACACACACACCUUUGAUCGCAGGUGCACACCGAGCCAACAUUAAGCGAAAAUGCUAUAUUCUAAUGAGCAGAAAAAGCUUCAGAGAGGAGAGGAAGGUGUGAGAUAAGAGGGAGGGAGUCACAGAGGCAGGGAGGGUCUAAGGCAGGCUGAGAAACAGAAACAGGAAGGUGUGCGUUUGACAGCAGUUGAGAGCAAAACCAGUCAGAAGCAAACUGUGCGCGCCUGUCGGCUCCCCGUUCGAGCGCUCGGCCUCUGGUUAGGAUGCCCGUCGGCGUGUGAGCAGGACUGUGAUGCCCGACGAGGACCGGUAGGGAAUACGGGACAGACAUGGACUUCCAUCAGAGGGCCGCUCUGGAUAUCUCCACCAAGAACCCACAGGAUGAUUUUGAGAUCCUAUUAAGAGUCGGAGGAGGAACCUAUGGAGAGGUUUACAAGGCACGAAACAAGCAGAAUGGAGAGCUGGCAGCUAUCAAAGUCAUCAAGAUGGAGCCAGAGGACGACUUCUCCAUUAUCCAGCAGGAAAUCGUCAUCGUGAAGAGCUGCACGCAUCCCAACAUAGUGGCAUAUUAUGGCAGCUACAUACGAGCAAACAAACUGUGGAUCUGUAUGGAGUUCUGUGGGGGGGGCUCCCUUCAGGACAUCUACCACGUGACGGGUCCUCUGUCUGAGCCACAGAUCGCCUACAUCUGCAGGGAGAUGCUGCAGGGCCUGGACUACCUGCACGCACAGAAGAAAAUCCACCGAGACAUAAAGGUCAGCACGUCGUUCUUCAGCCUCCUGGCGUUCUUUAGCCGACCUCAGCAGACGGAGCUCUGGGAAUCUGGGUCGAGGCAGAUUGCAGAGCAGACAGAGGGUGCCAACAUCCUCCUCAAUGAUCAGGGCGAGGUCAAGCUGGCAGCUGAUUUCGGGAUCUCGGCUCAGAUCACAGCCACUCUGGCCCGGCGGAUGUCGUUUAUCGGGACGCCAUAUUGGAUGGCGCCCGAAGUGGCCGCUGUGGAGAUUAAAGGCGGCUACAACGAGCUGUGUGACAUCUGGUCUGUGGGCAUCACGGCCAUCGAGCUGGCCGAGCUGCAGCCUCCCAUGUUCGACGUCCACCCGCUCCGGGUGCUGUUUCUCAUGUCCAAGAGCGGCUACCAGCCCCCCAAACUGAAGGAUAAGUCAAAAUGGUCGUCCAUGUUUUACAACUUUGUGAAGGCCAUGUUGGUGAGGAACCCAAAGAAGAGACCCAGUGCCUCCAAGUUGCUCUCAGUAAGAACAACCAACACAGAUGAGAUGGCGCCCGAAGUGGCCGCUGUGGAGAUUAAGGGCGGCUACAACGAGCUGUGUGACAUCUGGUCUGUGGGCAUCACGGCCAUCGAGCUGGCCGAGCUGCAGCCUCCCAUGUUCGACGUCCACCCGCUCCGGGUGCUGUUUCUCAUGUCCAAGAGCGGCUACCAGCCCCCCAAACUGAAGGACAAGUCAAAAUGGACGUCCAUGUUUUACAACUUUGUGAAGGCCAUGUUGGUGAGGAACCCAAAGAAGAGACCCAGUGCCUCCAAGUUGCUCUCACACAUGUUCCUCACGCAGCAGUGCCUGAACCAGGACUUGACUCUGGACCUGCUGGAGAAAUUUCGAAACCCUGAGAAGCUGAAGCCCUGCGUGGGGGCAGAGGACGACGACAUGGAGGGGGCACCUCUUGGAUCUUUAAGGAGGAUUCAUUCUAUCAACAAACACAACCGAGCUGAGCGGACCGACUCUGACAUAAGCUGUAAGGACACAACCAUUGAACAGAUCUACACUAAGAGGCCCGUGAAGACCGACUCACCAAACGUAACGUUGAGGAUAUCGACAGGAUCGACCGGCAGCAGCAACAGUCCAGCCAGGGAUCCGGUUUCCGAGUCAGACGACGACUACGACGACGUGGACGUCCCGACGCUGCAGGCCGCCAGCAGCUCCAGCAGACCGGACGAUGACACGCCGCCUCCGCUUCCUCCAAAGCCCAAGGCUCGGACCAGCUCGGAGGAGAGCGUGGCCGGGGAGGACGACCGGUCCAGGAAGCACUCGGCCCUGCACGCUCCCCCCGCCAUCCACAGGACGUCCAGCGGGACGCACGCCCGGCCCAGACCCCACCCCCGACCCUCACGCCACUCAGACCCGCCCACUUUCCCAGCCCCGCCCACUGACAGCGCGGCCGACCUUGUGCCCCCCGAGCUGCCCCCCAAAGGCAUCCGCAGGCGGCCCACUCCCUCCAAGGAGCACUUUGAGUGUCCCAGCCCGGUCAUGAAGAAGCCCCCGGUCUACUUUAAGAAGGUCUUCCACGGCUGUCCCCUUAAAGUAAACUGCUCCACCAACUGGGAGAACCCCGCCUCCAAAGGUCAGCAGCACCUGAUCCUGGGGGCCGAGGAGGGGAUCUACACCCUGAACCUCAACGGCUCGGAGGUCACCAUGGAGCUGCUGUAUCCUGGGAAGUGCACCUGGGUCUACACCAUCAGCAACGUCCUCAUGUCUGUGUCAGGCAAAUCGUCACAGCUUCACUCACAUUCCCUGAAGGAGCUGUACGACCAGGCCCGGAAAGACCAGCGGAUGGCGGCCCUGCCCACCCACAGGCUGCUGCCCCGGAAGUGCGUCGUGACCUGCAAGAUCCCCGACACCAAAGGCUGCCGGACCUGCUCCGUCGUGGGGAACCAGCAGAGGGGCUCCCUGUUCCUGUGCUGCGCCCUGGAGUCCAGCGUGGUGCUGCUGCAGUGGUACGAGCCCAUGCACAAGUUCAUGCUCAUCAAGCCUCUGCGCUCCCCCUCUGUGCAGCACUUUGACUUCCCGCUGCCCAGCCCCCUGCGGGUGUUUGAGAUGGUGGAGGUGCCCCAGCAGGAGUACCCCCUGGUGUGCAUCGGGGUGUCCCGGGGCUCCAGCCCCAGCCAGCCCGUCCUGGUGGAGUACAUCAACCUGAACUCCAACACGUCCUGGUUCACCCCCUCCGGCCUGGGGUCGGCCUACAUCGUCAACCUGGACGGAGAGCUGAGGAGCAACCUGCACCUCCCCCAUGAGACCACCUUCUCCCACGAGGUGGAGUCCAUAGUGUAUUUAAACGACACGCUGUUGGCUGUGUGGCGCCACGGCUGGCACCGGAGGGGGAAGGGCUUCUCAGAGACCCUGGAGGAGAUAUCCGACCACCGGAAGAUCUACAAAAUGGUGAAGUCAGACAGGAUGGUGGUUUUGGAGACGCGUCAGAUCGAGGACCAGUCGGGUCUCUCCAACCUGUACAUCCUGGAAACGGCUGAGAAGUACGUCCUGCUGCCCUGAGCCUCCUCUGCCCCCACAUGGACGCUGCUCCGCCUCCGGGGGGCUCAGAGGGGACCACGGCCGCCUUUCUGCCCGCCGCCCUCGCCUGUGAGGGGCGUCAGGACUGUACGGGAGCUCCCCAGCCUCCAUCUGAGGAAGCCCGCUCUAAUUUAUGCUACUUUCACUUUGGUUUGUGAGAUCCAGACAACCUGGAGGCCCCGAGAAACGCCUGGAGGGGCUGAGAGGGACGGCCCGGCUCAGCCCCCGAGCAGGACCCCCCCCCCCCGUCAGUGUUAUUAAUCACAGAGGCGUCGGGGCCCUGUGGGCGCUCGGUGGCCUGAGCUUGUGUCGGCGUUGUAGGUGCUCUGUUACCGCCGUUACACUCUAAUAAAGUUAAUUAACUC